AUGAUUGAUGUAACUAAUGAAAUAACAGAUAUUGAUGAUGUAGAGGUCUCAGAUCAAGAAAGAGAUAUUGCCCUAACAGCCUUGUUUGAAUUCAAUAGGAAAAACUAUAAUGCUUGUAAUCAGCAAUUGGAAAAGCUUGAACGAUCUCUCAAUAAUAAUUUUAAAUUAUUACACAACAAAGCUGUAACUGAUUUUUAUGAAAGUAAUUGCCAAAACGUUGAUGAGUUGAGAAAAGCACUUCAAUUUCUAAAUAGCCAAAUUACUAAUUAUGAAGGCUUGAAGGCUGUAGAUAAGUGCCCUUUAUUUUAUAAUCUAGCUGUUAUAUUAUAUCAUUCAUGUAAGCCGAAUAGUGCUCUAAAGUUGUUAUUAAAAGUGCAGCCACAUUUGGACCAAUUAGAAGAGAGUUUGGUUGAGAAAUCGGUAUUGUUAUUAUGUGAAUUAUUAUUAAAUGCACAUAGGGCUAAAGAUGCUCUAGAACUAAUUGAUUGCAUGGAAGCUAGACUGCAAGUAUCAUCGGAAAUGUAUGGUGAAGUGUUGGAGAAAUUCAAUAUAAAAAUAGAGAUUUUUCAAAAAAGAUUAGAUUACUAUCGUAAAAGAGCAUUAUUUUCUAUGCAAUUAGUUCAUGAUCUAACAAUAUCAGAUGACAAGAACUUAGAAAAUUUGUUUCUUCAAUCUCGCUUAUUAUAUUUGCAAGGCAAUAACAAAUCUCAUGAAGAACUUAUUAAGUUUAUUAGAUCUCCAAGCAAAGAUGCAUAUUUUGCUAAUGGAACUAGUAUAUUAAAAGGAUCCAACAAUGAAAAUCUUGCCAUAUUAGCUCUUAAUAACAUUGGAGUUAUUGAAUUUUCUCUUGGUCACUUUCAUCUAGCAACUCAUUCACUUCAACAGUCAUUAAGUAGAGAUAUUCAACUGGUAAAAAACAUAAAAAAUACUCGAGAAGCAGAUUCAUCUGAAGCUUUGGAUAAAAAACCUUUACUUCAAAUAGCAUCAUCUAUGCAUCGUUAUUCAAUAUUAUACAACCUUGGAGUAUCUUUACUUUUCAGUGGUAGACCGCGUGAUGCAUUUGAAUGUUUAUUGGAACCUUUACAUUAUCAGCAUAAUAAUCCAAAACUGUGGUUAAGAAUUGCAGAGUGCUGCAUAAUGGUUCAUCAGCAAAUGAAAGCAGAAAAUAAAACACCCAUUGUGCACGAAGUAAUUGGAAAAAAUGCACAUAAAAAAUUAAUUUUAAAUAAUAUCACUCCUCUGAAAUACACAUGUGAUGACAGCCAAUCAUCAUAUGCAAUACCGAGUCCCAGUUUAGAAUUUGCACUACUUUGUUUAAAAAUUGUACUAAAUUUGCUUCCAAAAGAAGAACUUGUUACUGAACAAACUGAGUUGGGAUAUGGAAUACCUCUUCGAGAAUUAUCAUCAUUGCGCAACUCAGCUUUGGCGGCAAGUGCUUUUGUUUGUUUAUGCAUCGGAGAUUGCUCAUUAGCUUUAGAACAUGCACAAACUUUACUCACACAAUCUCAAGUUAAUGAGGCCCAUAAAAUGCUUGGACAUUUAUACUGUGCUGAGGCCUUAGUGUUGAUGAACAAAAUAUCAGAAGCAGUUCAUCAUUUAGAUCCUGAUUCUAUUAAUGGCAUUUCAACAAUUUAUUCAAAUGAUAACAAUUCGAAAACAACACCGCCUACGGUUUGGGAGAUCAAAAAUGUGCAAAUGGCUAAGCAGAUAACAACAUAUAAUUUAGCUGUUACAUUAGCUAUACGUGGUGAUUUUACCAAAGCUAAAAUGUUAUUGCAGCAAUUAAAAAAUGAUGAAAGAAAUGUAUUUGUAUCUAUGUUAGAUUUAUAUAUAGAAUUGCAGUUAGGAAAUUUAGAUACAGUGAAAGAAAUUAUUAGGCAAAAUAAUCCGCAACCUGUAUAA